UGCUAAGGAGUGGGACAUGCAUAUGUAGUUGUCAGAAGCCACAAUUACUCCACAAACCUUGUACACAUGUCAUAGCUGCGUGCGCGGAGCACCAUAUGCUUCCAAGGCAAUAUGUGUCACAAUAUUUCAUGAAAGAUCAAGUACUGAACACCUGGAACCAGGAGCUGUAUGGUUACGGCAUUGUUGACACUUUUACAAGUAACCCAGGGCCUUCAAGAAUAUAUGUGCCUGAUUUGGGAAAGAUGAAGAACGCACCGGGCCGAAGACAAUCUCGGCGGAUUCGUAACGAUAUGGAUGAAUCCGAGGCUGGCCCUAGGAUGCAGCGAUGCAGUCAGUGCAAUGAAGUAGGUCACACUUACAAAUAUUGUCCCAAAAGUGCAGGUGGUGAUGCACCUGUUGUCUAGAGAUGGCUCAGCCUUCGACCCCAGAGCUUUUGGACCCUGCCGUGGACAAGAAGCAUCGCAGCUUCUUAUCCGCCGAGCACCAGACGGACCUAGGAGUAUUUCGCCCACGAGGCCCUGGAGAGCUGCUGACGGUAGACGAGCGCUGGACCCACAGGUUGGGAGCGGCCGGACUCCUACCGCUUUGCCGGUUGGUCGAGGCCCGAACGACGGAGGACCCCGAGGUUGCGGCCCGUCGUUUCUACUUCGAUCGGUCGCUGAUAGCAGCACUGGUCGACCGUUGGAGGCCGGAGACACAUAUGUUCCACCUACCGUGCGGAGAGAUGACCGCGACCCUGCAGGACGUCUCCUACCUCUUAGGCCUUCCUUGCGCGGGAGCUGCGGUUGGGGUGAUCGAUAUGCAGGCUGAUUGGAUGAACGACAUGCAUCAGCGAUUUGGGCCGGUGGAGCGAAAGGCGGAUGCACCCCCGUACGUGCCUGAGUUCUUAGCCGAUGCACGAGGGCCAACGAAGAAGUGGAUCCUACAG